AUGCGUUUCCUUCCGAUCCCUGGUUUGGUGGGCUUCGCGGCGGCCCAGUCAAUCUCCCAUCUGGACCUCUUCGACUAUGGGCAGCGAGGUCCUCUUCUUGGAUCUUCCUUCGGCACGCCUGGGGCGAACGCAACCUAUGACUACGUAAUCGUCGGGGGUGGCACGGCUGGGUUGACUAUUGCAAGCCGGCUGGCUCUAAGCCAAUCCAACCUGAGUGUUGCCGUUGUCGAGGCCGGUGGCUUCUAUGAGGUUGACAACGGAAACUUCUCUGUGGUUCCCGGAUAUGGGACGCUGUUCUCGGGACUUGACCCCAGGGACACCAAUCCGCUUGUCGAUUGGGGUAUCAAUACCGUUCCUCAGCAAGGCGCGGGCAACCGAGUCCUGCACUAUGCGCGAGGCAAGACUCUCGGGGGUAGUUCAGCCAGAAACUAUAUGUUCUAUCAACGACCUACGGCUGGAAGUAUGCAAAAAUGGGCUGACGAAGUGGAUGAUCAGAGCUUUGUUUGGGACAAGAUACUCCCCUAUUUUAAAAAGUCCACUCAUUAUACGCCCCCAAACCCAGCGCUCUACUCAAAUGCAUCGGACACACCCAUUAUCCAGGCACCGGAUGCUUUCGAUCCAGCCGGAGGCCCUCUUCAAGUUUCCUUCAGCAACUUCGUCUCUUCUUUUUCCGGCUGGCUUCGCCUUGCUUUCGAUUUAGCAGGCAUGCCUCAAAUCGAUGGCUUCAACAGUGGCAAACUGCUGGGCUCUGGGUUCGGAACGUCAACCAUCAAUCCGAAGAACGCACAUCGAUCAUCAUCCGAGUCGAGCUUCCUGCAAACAGCACUCAACAGUGGUUCUGAACCGGUAGUGUACAAGAACACCCUAGGACAGAAGAUCCUUUUUGAUUCGGACAAAGUCGCCACAGGCGUGCAGGUCUCGACAGCCGGCACAUUCGGAACGCAGCCGAUUUCGUUCACGCUCAGCGCUCGCGAGGAAAUCAUCCUCUCCACGGGCGCUUUUCAGUCUCCUCAACUUUUGAUGGUCUCUGGUGUCGGGCCAUGCGAUGAGAUUUCCGAAUUUGAAAUCCCUUGCAUCAGCGACUUGCCCGGUGUAGGAAAGAAUUUGCAAGACCACGUCAUGUUUGGGCCCUCCCAUCGAGUGCACCUUGAGACAACGUCCGUAUUCUCAAACAAUGCAACCGCUACGGCACUCAGCGUGCAACAAUAUCUGCAGGAUGCCUCCGGUCGGCUCUCCAUCGCUGUUCCGAGCUAUUAUGGUUGGGAGAAGCUGCCAGAGCCGUAUCGCUCGCAGCUAUCGGCGGAGUCCAUCGAGGCGCUUGCGGAUUAUCCAGAGGAUUGGCCAGAGGUAGAGUGGCUCCCUCUCGACGCGUUCGUGGGCGACUCCUCCUUCAGGCAAGGUCUAGACCCGGCGGACGGGCACAAUUACGCCACGAUCGCCGCCGGCCUCGUCGCACCGCAAUCCCGAGGCAGCGUCAAAUUAAAUAGCACGGACAUGAACACUCUGCCGGUGGUUGAUCCCGCCUUCUUGGUGGACCCAACUGACAUCGAGUUGGCCAUUCUCAGUUUCAAGCGUUCUCGCGAGAUCUGGGGAAAGCUCGUGGACCUGGGGAUUGCUGAACCAGAAUACUACCCAGGCAAAAACGUCACAACUGACGAGCAGAUCCACGACUUUAUCGAGCAGACCCUGUCGACGAUCUACCAUGCGUCCAGCACUUGCAAGAUGGGUAAAGAAAGCGAUCCCAUGGCCGUGGUCGACAGCAAGGCCCGGGUGUAUGGCGUGCAUCGCCUCAGGGUCGUAGAUACCAGCGCCUUUCCGUUCUUGGUCCCAGGGCAUCCACAGUCAACGGCCUAUGCUUUGGCAGAGAAGAUUGCGGAUGAGAUAUUGAACGAAGAGUAG